CUCUCGAUCAUGAAUCUUCCCUCGUGGGUAAAAGUUCUAGUGGGUAGGGAUAAAUAUCUCUUCUUAUCCCCAUCGGAUGAAAAUCAAGGUGGCCCACCGAGUAUUCCCGUUUCCGGUUUACUUCAACGCCGAAAACGGAGGAUGACAGCUAAAAGGAUGGACGCAUCUUGUAAAUCUAGUAAAUGAUGGUCAGAUAUUUGAUUUAAGCGAGUAUAUAUGUAUAUAUAGGUGCUCCGAAGGAAGGCCGAACGUUCAAGGACGACUCUCAUGGCUUCUUCAUUCCCCUGCUCGCUCUGCUUUCUGCUUAUCAUUGUUCUUACUCUCUUGGGAGGAUGUUUUGCGAAAUUGCUCUAUCCUCUCCCAAGUAAAAAGAAUGAAAAAAAUCGGAAGCCACUACAAACAUCCCGGCCAUAUAAUAUAGCACAUCGAGGGUCGAAUGGGGAAUUCCCUGAAGAAACUUCUGCUGCUUAUACGAGAGCCAUUGAAGAAGGUGCCGACUUCAUCGAAGCUGAUGUCCUUGCUACUAAGGAUGGUGCUCUCAUAUGUUUUCAUGAUGUCACUCUUGAUGAUAUAACUGAUGUUGCAACACAUAAGGAGUUUGCUGAUCGCAAAAGAACAUAUGAACUUCAGGGUUCUAACACUACUGGGUUCUUCACAGUUGAUUUCACUUUGAAAGAAAUCCAGACACUAAGAGUGAAGCAGAGAUUCAGCUUUCGUGAUCAAACAUAUAAUGGAAUGUACCCAAUUAUUACCUUUGACGAGUACAUUUCCAUUGCAUUAGAUGCAACAAGAGUGGUUGGAAUCUAUCCUGAAAUAAAGAAUCCUGUCUUCAUCAACCAACAUGUUAAAUGGGCAGAUGGGAAAAGGUUUGAGGACAAAGUUAUCGAGACACUUCUCAGAUAUGGUUACAAGGGUUCAUAUAUGUCAAAGGACUGGCUGCAGCAGCCAAUAUUUAUCCAAUCCUUUGCUCCUAGUUCUCUUGUAUAUAUUUCGAAUUUGACAAAUUCACCCAAAGUCUUGUUGAUUGAUGAUGUGACUGUUCCAACUCAAGACACAAACCAGUCAUAUUUGGAGAUCACUUCAGACAGUUACUUUGGUUUCAUAAAAGAUUUUGUAGUUGGAAUUGGCCCUUGGAAAGAAACGAUCGUGGCAACUAAAGGGAAUCAUUUAGCUGCAGCUACUGAUCUUGUAGCCAAGGCACAUGCCCACAAUUUACAGGUACAUCCAUAUACAUACAGGAACGAGCAUGAAUAUCUUCAUGUUGACUUCCACCAAGAUCCUUAUGCUGAGUAUGAUUAUUGGGUCAACAAGAUUGGAAUCGACGGACUAUUCACAGAUUUCACAGGAAGCUUGCAUAAGUUUCAAGAGUGGACCUCCCCUUCAAAUAAAGAUGAAAAAUCUGCAUCGGAGUUGUUGUCUAAGAUCGAAGCAUUGAUCUCUUCCUCCCAUCAUUGAUCUCCUUCUUCCACAAUUCAUUCAUCAUCAGAAACCUCCUGAAUAUUCACUAUUCUGCUGAAAAUAGGAUGUCGAAAAUACUUUUCUACUCAUUUGUCAUUCCAACCAUGUCAAACUCUCUGGAAAGCAAUUGAAACGAGAAACUAGCUCAGUUUUCUCCUUAUUUUCUGAGGAAAUAAUGAAAGGUUUGAUAGUAACUUGUUUUCUGGAA